AUGACCACAGAAUACGACGUUAUUGUGAUUGGGGCUGGUGUAGUGGGGCCAUGCAUAGCAACUGCCUUAGCUAGACAAGGAAGAAAAGUGCUCAUCAUCGAACGAGAUUGGUCAAGGCCCGAUAGAAUCGUUGGAGAAUUAAUGCAGCCAGCAGGUGUCAAAGCUUUGAGGGAGUUGGGAAUGAUUAAUGCCAUUAAUGACAUUAAUGCUGUUGACUGUACGGGAUACUAUAUUCAGUAUUACAAAGACCAUGUCACUAUCGACUAUCCAUUCAAAGACGUGGCACAAGUAACCAACCCCGUGAAACCAUUGGGAAAGGAGUAUAAGCUAAGACUGGACUCAACUAUAGAUGUAAAGAAAUGGGACGAAGAUGAGCGAGUUCGUGGGAUUGCAUUUCACCAUGGAGAAUUUUUACAAAAUUUACGAAGUAUAUGUAAGACAGAACCCAAUGUCACAGCACUAGAAGGCACAGUGACAAAAUUGGUACGUGAAUCAAAUGGUACUGUUGUUGGUGUUGAGGGUAAACGACAACAAAAUGAAACCUUCCAGUAUCGAGCCAAAUUGAUUAUAUCAUGUGAUGGAAUUUACUCCAAGUUCAGAACCGAAUUGGGGGAGAAUAACGUACCUUCAAUCGGAUCUUAUUUUAUUGGGUUUUAUUUGGAAGAUGCCAAAUUGCCAGCACCAAAUAAAGGACAUGUCUUGUUGGGCGAUCACGCGCCAGUGCUUAUAUACCAAGUAUCGCCUAGUGAGACCCGAGUACUUUGUGCCUUCCGAUCAACUAAACCGCCUUCGGCUGCCAAAAAUGAAAUCUACAAUUACUUACAACAAGAUGUAUUACCAGUGGUGCCAAAGGAAUUGUAUGCUGCUUUUAAACAAGGUGUCGAAAAGAAAAAGUUUCGAGUUAUGCCUAAUCAAUACCUUUCUGCCAAAAAGCAAAAUCAACGUGGAUUAAUUUUGCUUGGUGAUUCAUUAAAUAUGAGACAUCCAUUAACCGGAGGCGGAAUGACUGUGGGGUUAAAUGAUGCUGUUUUGUUGGCACGGUUAUUAGAUCCCAAAUCAAUCGAAGAUUUGGACGAUUAUGAUUCAGUGCAAGAAAAAUUAACCAUAUUCCAUCGCAAGCGGAAAAACCUUGAUGCUGUAAUCAAUACGUUAUCAAUUGCAUUAUAUUCGUUGUUUGCUGCUGAUAAGAGGCCAUUAAAAAUCUUGCAACGUGGGUGUUUUAGGUACUUUGAACGUGGUGGUGAUUGUAUUGCUGGACCAAUUGGGCUAUUAAGUGGAGUAUUACCAUUUCCCAUGUUAUUAUUCAAUCAUUUUUUCAGUGUGGCAUUUUAUUCUAUUUAUUUGAACUUUAUUGAUCGGGGUAUUUUGUUCCCCAUUGCUAUUUGGGAAGCUUUUGAGGUGUUGUUUACUGCUGUUGUUAUAUUUACACCUUAUUUGUGGACUGAAUUGGUCAAGUGA